ACUAGGUGGUGAGUCUUAGAAUUGUGAACCAAUACUUUAUGAUCCAUAUUUCAGUUUUCCAUAAAAUGACCCUCUUCAUAUGAUUAUUCAUGCUUUUCAAAACAAGAGGUCACAGACUGUACCCCUUGUUUACAAUUGCUGUCUGCAUGUCCGUGCAUCCAUAUGCAUGCAUUCAUGUGGACACCUGCUAACAGGAUAAUACUUCAUUCAUCUGACAAAGUUGUAUUCAAAAAGAUUAUGCUAGUCUUUAAAGUGUCACGUGACUCUUCUUACUGUAACAGGCUAGGACAGUUUCCUUUGUGGACAUUCUAAAUUGUGGAAUUUCUUAAAAUUCUAGAGAAUAUUCAGGUAGGGAAGGACUACCAGUCUUAGGGGAAGAGAAGCUAUGUCAAAAUUAAUUUGUCCAGAGAGGGUCAGAGGGAAUUGGUUGCAGAAGCAGGGUUUAAAAUCAAACAAACCUUCCCAGCUAACUCACUCAUGAUAGUGCUGCAGACUUUUGUCAUGCUUUCUGGUUUGCAAUGCGGCACUUCCUGUAUGAAGCACUGGGGCAACUACUGUGCUUCCAAGAAGCAGCAGAUAAAGUUGAAUGUGUGUUCUUCUGUUUAACUGAAAAAAGGGGGGAAGCACUAAAGCCUGCUGCUGCAGAUGAGCAAAGUUCUUUAUCAUCUUAGAAUCUUUGUUCUAAGGUUCUCUCCUAUUGUGACACAAGAACGGUAGCAGGUGCUUGCAUUGGCUGCAUCUUCCACCUGCGAAUGCUGUGGCAUUUGAAACAUUCUCUCUGGUAACAAUCUCCUCACAUCAAUUUGACUACUGUCCAUGGAAUGAGUAAACCAAUUCAAGAUAUGAGUGAACCAAAGUACAGUUCUGAAUAUGAACAAACGAAAGCCAAGGCACCACGUAUUUUGGCUGAAAUGGUACAGAUGCUACUUACAUGGCGGAAAAUGGGCUUCCAUGUACCACGAGGGGUCAAGAACAUCUUUGAGUUCACAUGGGAAGAUCUCUUAGUGUUGAUGCCAAGGAAAUCUUUCACUGGUCUAUAUUGUCCUGUUGUCAAAUUUGUUUCCCCUGAUGAGGAAAACUUUUCCCCCACUUGCACCCCAAGAGCUCCAAAGUUUGGCCCUACUCCCUCAGGAAUGGCACCUAACUUUAUGACUCCUUCACUUGAAAAUCAGCAGAUGCUCCUCAAAUUCCAACAACGUUCUGUACAUCUACUGUCUGAGCUUCUGAAGAUGAAGAUGAAGAUAAUGAUAGAUGCAGUUGCUGGUCCGAGUGCUGAAGAGAUUGCAAGGCGGUUUCUGGAAACUGGUCAACAGCUAUCCCCUAAAAACCAGGAAGAGGCCGCUGAAUUCCUGACCAAAGACCCAAGGAAAAAAGGGGGGCGUGGUGCAGUAGCAGUAGUUCCAGCUAUUCCAAUUUCCUCCACCACCCAGCUUAUACAGCAAGUGUCCUUUUCCUGUCUCUGCUUCUCAUUGGCAUUCAAAGAAAGCAAGCCGCGGAAGGACUUUGGUAAAGGUGGUUCCAGCCAAGACUCAAAUUAUGAUGAAAGACUUGACCCGUGUCCUCAAGCCAGGGAGAAGCUCCGAGAAAUUUGCAAACGUAUAGAGCAGGAGAAGGCCGCAUUCGUAGCAAAGGGCCACACAAGGCCCCUAAUAGUGAGGCAUUACGUGCCUCUCCUCAGAUCACCAUCUAUGGCCUUGAAAAGAUUCCCAUCAGGCCAGCAACUCAUUGAACGUAAAAGUACAAAAGGAAAGAAGUUCCACUUUGCCUUUCCUGAUGGAUCUUCAUUUAUGUUUUACCCAUCAGGACAUGUUGCAGUGUGCCAGUUUCCUGUAUGCUGUUUAGGAAAAACAAUCACCCUUCUGUUUCACACUGAUCAAACUCUUCUAGGUACGUUUUUGUCCCAUGGCCAGUCCUGUGUAAGUUACUCCUUUCAUGCCAGCUGUUCAGUAGCACUGUUGAUGGAUCAAGAAGGAGGAAGUGUCAGAGACAAGGAUGGAUAUUUAACCCACCGUUGGAGCUGGUAUUCAAAAAACCAGAUUCUACAGUCAUUAGAAUUUCAGAUAACUGACCAUUUAAAACUGAAGGUUCUUGGUCAGUAUUCCAUGAUGCUUUCUUUUACUUCUCUCUCUGAAACCCUCAAUUUGUCUUUGUCAAGAGUUGGAUGUCCACAUAGACACAAGGCUGAGAAGCGGUUAUUGACAAAUCCCGGUGAAAGUGAGAACAAAGAAAUACGGUGGAACAAAGUCUUAGGAGAGAUUAAGAGGAGGUUUGAGAAGACAGUGAGACAAUUUAUAAAUGGUGUUUUGAUAGCCUCAGGGAUAUGUUGCAUAGAAUAUCCUUUUGGAGUACGUCCAAAGCAAGUGAGGUUUUCAUUGAAGGUAACGCCUCAAGCCUGGGAGCGAAGACUAAAAGAAGAAAGCAAUGCCAUCAUGGCAGACUCAAAAUGGAAAUCUUUGAAACCAGGAGGAGUCAGAACGCCUUUACCAGAGAGUAUGAUAAGUUACAAGCCUUUCAAGGAGCAGCCAAAACUUCCUCCUCAAGGACUCUUCAGACCUAAAACAGGGACAGCUGGAGAGACGCAACUUGUUCCCGAUACCUGGGCAACCUGUCCUGCUGAUUGUCCAAUUGUGCUGCGCAAAGUUUUGGCCAAAGAAGACAAUGUUUUAUGUUGCAAGUGUGUCGUGAAAAUCCCAUUAAUUACAGACUUUGAGUUUGAAAAGUUUAUCACUGCCCAAAGAGAUCCUCAGCAGGUUCUUGUGAUAUGUGUGGUGUCAUCCCAAAAUCAUUCUUAUUCUCCAUUCUUUGAGUGGUCCUUGGAAAAGCUGUAUAUUCAGAUGCAGCAUGGCCGACCUUCCCCUUGUGUUCAGAGCAAACAUGACCCCUAUCGCUUCUUGAAAUAUGACUUAGACUGCCCUAUGAACAAAAAUCCCCCUCUUCUAGUGGAGAAGCAUGCAGUCAGUCCUGGAAUGGUGGUGAUGUAUGCUGGAGGGAAGUUACUCUUUGGAGGCUGUGUUUUCAACGGAUAUAGCUACAGCAAGAGGGACCUGCUAAAGCAGAUCAACCAAGCUCGCCUUGACUGCAAGACGGGCCUCUUCCUGCCUCAGAGUUUCAAAUUUAGCUCCCCUCCCACUGCUGAAAUUACAAUGAAGCCAACAAUCAUAAUUGUACAAAGCGCUUCGCCUAGGAAGGAAGAGUCUUCUGUUACUGUGAUGAAAGAGGAGGAGGAGGAAGUGGUUGCAGUGGUGGAGCAAAAGAAGCCAAAGCGUGGCAGUAGUGCAAGAAAAAAGCAAAAGAAAUAGCAUCACGAGACUGGAAAGAUCUUUUUGGCACUGGGGAAAAAUACAGCUGCGCACAUGUGUAUUUAAUGCACACUCAGAUGUAGUUACAGAUGCAACAAAGUUCAUUUUUAUUGGUUAUAAAGCAGGCCCCAGAAAUAUC